UUUUAUUAAACGGGCCUCAAACAUGGCUGCUCCUUGAAGUGUAUAUAUCUAUGCUUGAAGUGACAAUGGAGACUUUUUUUUGUUAUAUAAGAAAAUAGUAUUAACACUAUUUGUAGUUUUAAAAAAUGGGUUUUAUUAGGCACGUCGUGUGCGCCAUGUCCGGCGGCGUUGACAGCUCUGUCGCGGCGUUGUUACUAAAGAGAAGUGGUUACAGUGUAACAGGAGUUUUCAUGAAGAACUGGGACUCCCUGGAUGAGAGAGGGGUGUGUACCACAGAGAAAGACUGUGAGGACGCCUACAGAGUGUGUCAGACCCUGGACAUCCCCUUCCAUCAAGUGUCCUAUGUCAAAGAGUACUGGCAUGAGGUUUUCAGUAAACUAUUGAAGGAAUACGAGAAGGGGAGGACGCCCAACCCAGAUAUACUAUGCAACAAGCACAUCAAAUUCAACCAUUUCCACAAGUAUGCUAUCAACACUCUGGGUGCUGAUGCCAUGGCAACAGGCCACUACGCCAGGACGUCUCAGGAAGACGAAGAGGUUUUCCAACAGACACCCAUAGCGCCGCCGAUCACUCUUUUUAGAAAUCGGUUUGAGAUUAGAAAUCCGGUGAGGUUGUACAAAGGAGCAGAUCUCCUCAAAGACCAAACCUUCUUCCUCAGUCAGAUCUCCCAGGAUGCCUUACGACAAACCAUGUUCCCAUUGGCCGGACUCACCAAAGAGUUUGUUAAGAAGAUUGCUGCUGAGGCAGGGUUUCACCAUGUGCUGAAGAAAAAAGAGAGCAUGGGCAUCUGCUUCAUUGGAGAGAGAAACUUUGAAAACUUUAUUUUGGAGUAUCUGGAACCUAAACCAGGGAACUUUGUCUCCAUUGAAGACGGGGCUGUCAUGGGAACACACAAUGGCUGGUUCACUCUGACACUGGGCCAGAGGGCGAGAAUUGGAGGGCAGAGAGACCCCUGGUUUGUGGUGGACAAAGACAUUGCUACUGGAGAUGUGUUUGUGGCUCCAACUACCAAUCACCCAGCUCUUUUCCGUGACACGGUGCGAACGGAACGCUUCCACUGGGUAACAGUUGACCCACCUCCUGAACUAGUCAAGACCCAUAUGAUGGAUUGUCAUUUCCGCUUCAUCCACCAGAUGCCGCUCACUCCCUGUACAGUGACACUCAACAUGAACGGCUCUUUGUGGAUCUCACUCUCCCAGCCAAUCAGAGCUCUGACACCUGGACAGUUUGCUGUGCUCUACAAAGGAGACGAGUGUCUGGGUAGUGGGAAGAUCGUACAACUGGGGCCCAGUGAAUACACACUCCAGCAGGGCAGAGAACGCUUGGCAGCAGCCGCGCAGCACGGGGAGCAGCAGACGCCUGAACCAGCCAGCUGAGAUGAGCUCACAGACGGCCGUGGUGGAAAUGAGCUCUGUCCGGUACAUUAGGUAGAGCACACUGUUCAUGAAAAUAAACCGUCUCUUAGACGUGGCUCUACGGCAGAGGGCCUGUUCUGGAGGCCAUAUUAGAAACUGUAAACGGGUGUUUGUUUUUAAAUGCAUAUUGAUAAAACAAGGACAAAAGGGUUACUCUCUGCUCUGUUUUUAGUAUUUUGUGUUUAGACACUGAGAGGUUAUCUGUGAGCUGCUCUGAACCAUCUGCAUCCAGGCCAAAGUGUGUUUUUUGAGUGUAGACUAGAUGGUAAUAAGUUUACUAACCAACAGUAAUCUCAUUUAAAAAAAAUGAAUCAAGCUUUUCCGUCUAUUUACUGUUAUAUAUAUCAUUAGAUCGACAACGACACAGGUACAGUAUGUCUGUUUCUGCUUGUGAUAUACACGGGGUUGCCAUUAUUUAUACUUCAGCAAUCCUCCAUUGAACGUUCACGGUGUCAUUAGGUCAGCCAUUAUGCAUUGCAAAGACCUUUCACCUUGACGUAAUGGUAAUAAAGGCAAGACAUUCAUAUACUUGAUCUGGAAUUUAAGAGGUGCUGGAUGUAUUUUCAGUUGCCACAAUUGUGGUUAUCCUUUGGAAUUGAAGUUGUCAUAUCUAAAACUAAAAUCAAGCUCACUUUUAAAAAAAGUAUUCAGCUCUAAAAUGAUUUAGCAGAUGGAAAACAAUCCAUAAAGCUAAUGUUUUAUUUGGAGAGUUUUUGUCUUAUAGUACUCAAUGUUAUGACCUGUGGUCUGUAAGAAAGGUCUUUUUCAAGGAUGCUCGUAGUCUGAGCCCUUUACUGUUUUCUUUAUUGCAGUUGUAGGAAACCUGUGAGUGACCCUGGGAAAUGGAGGCUUACUGUAGGAGAGUGGUGGGAUUUGACUCUAAGCUAGCAGGGGGUUACUUGUGGGUCAAGACAUGGUGGACACAUUUUUUUUGCCCAUCUUAUCUGUGAAUGAAAGCGUCCCUGAUAUUCUCUUGUUUGUCCAGUAUAACGUGAUUCAAACUUUCCGUUUACUGUAGCUUUUCCUGUCAUCUCUAAGGCUGCUCAUGUUGUUCAUGAAGUUCCCUCCUGUCCUUUACCUUUCCUUCUGAUUGACUGUAACUCCUGUUCACCCUGCCUCUGUGCCAACGGCACAUCUACUGAACAGUACGUUGGUGAUUGAUGUUAAUCUAUGACUCUACUUGGUUCUUUGAAUCAUUCUCAUUUUCUUUUUGUUUGUUAAUUGAUUAAUUAAGUUUACGCUUUAGUACUAAAGUAGAAACAAAGUACAGAGUAGUUACUCUGCACCCUUAUGUUUUCUCCUCUAAGGAGAAGUGAUGUACAAGAGUGGUAUUGGUCGACAGGAUAAAUCAUUGCCUAGAAACAUGCCAAGUUAACAAACAUUUGCAACAGAAUAUGAUUUAAUAAAACGUAUUUGUUAUACACGCAAGUCACAUAUUUGAGAGAGAUAAUUCAAUUGUUCUAUAUAGUUAAAAAGGCAAUGGAAUUCUUUAUACAAGUGCCUUUCUCUAAAUGGUGUUGUAACUACUGUAAAUACCUGAACAUUUACAAAUAAGAGAAUAAACCUUAUAAAUGA